GUUGCCUCGCUGUAGGUUCUUUGCCACUCUCACGAUACGUUAUUUUUCGCUAAGCUUCUAACUUUCAAUUUAAUAUUCAAAGAACCUUGAAACUUCUUGUUAGAUCUCCGACUGCAAACGUAACUCCCGCGGGUCAGAAAACUUCGAUACUAUCGAAGACGCUGUUGAUGUUUCGGUCCGGGUCGGGGUGUCUGGCCAUCAACAGAACACAUGUUAUGGUUAUGGUUAUAUUUUGAAGAUUAUUGAUCUGACAUCUCUUGAUUCCUGGAAGAGGUAAACCCUUUAGUCACGCGUGAUACUCUUCUGCUUGGCGGUUGUUUCAAUUUUUUCAGGUUCUGAAUUUUGCGUGAUGGCUGCAGCUUUGGAUAUUGUGAAGGCUGGUGACUACAUAGCUAUUCAGCGACAAGAUUAUUUCAAGCUCCAUAAGGUGGCCGAAAAUGGGACAGUAAAUCUUGGCAAAGAUAUUUUAGACAUUGGCAUGGUAAUUGGAAAAUCUGUAUGGACAACGUACAGAAUGGAACAGAAAAAAGGGGGAAGACGAAACUACCAGUUAAAAGAAUGUAGUGUUAAUGACCUGAAAGAUGACUCAAUAACUAUGAGUAAUAAUAGUACAACCACUAGUGGUACCGACAAUCGUAACAUCGUUGAUGAUGGCAGUAGUCAGAAACUUUCUAUGGAAGAAAUAGUUAGUUUAAGAGAUGAGGGGCUUUCUUCCAAAGAAAUUGUCGGGACCCUGAUUGAAAACAGUACGACAUUUCAAAGUAAAACAGAAUACUCUCAGCAAAAAUAUCUGAAGAAAAAGGAAAAGAAAUACUUUGAAUACAUAACAGUGAGAAAGCCAACCCUUCGUCUAAUUGCUGAAAUUAUGUUCAGGUUGGAUCAAGGGAAAAUAUUUGGCCUCCGAAUGGAUACAUUGUCUCAAAUAACUACAGCAGUCAAUCUCCAUUCUCAUGGGAGAUACAUAGUUUUUGAAAGUGGAUGUCAGGGACUUCCUGCAGCAGCAAUGCUUAAUGGACUCUCCAGUGAAGGCAGACUUGUUUAUGUUCAUCUUGGAAAUUACCCUUCAAAGCAAGCCUUACUAGCUCUUAAUUUGACUGAGGAACAAGAUAAUUCACUAAUUUGUGUUAAUAUAUAUAACUUACUACGGAAAAUUAAAAGUGAAAGUAAUGGCAAUUCAGCUGAAGAAGCCAUUGUACUGGCAAAAGAUCAAGAAGUAUUUAAUGAUGAAGAAGUGAAGAAAGAAGAAUCAUCUUCCGAGAAAAUUGAAUUAACCCCUGCUUUAAAGGAAGAAAGUACCACGCCAGAAAAAGAAAUGAAGAUAUCAAGUUCUGAAGAAGCUAAUGAUAAGGAUCAGAUACUCACCAACUCUGACCAAGAAAACAGCUGCCCAAAUAAAAGAAAGCACAGUGAGAGUGGCAAUGAUGAUGGAUCUGCAAAGAAGAAGUCACGCUGGGAGGUUGAGACUGACAGAGCUGCAAGCACACUAAGCGCCAAAGCAGAUGGACUAGUUAUUGCCUGUAGAGAACACCCCUCUUCUGUCUUAAAAGCUCUUCUCCCAUUAAUUGCACCAUCCCGUAACUUUGUUGUGUAUGGGCAAGUGAGAGAGCCCCUUUUAGAGCUUCUUCAAGAACUUAUCAAAAGGCCUGAUGUCACUAACGUAAGGCUCACUGAUACAUGGCUUAGAAAUUAUCAGGUAGAGUCUAACAGGACACAUCCUCUGGUAAACAUGACGGGUAGUGGAGGGUAUUUGUUGACUGGAGUAAAAGUUCAGCUUUAGCUGUUUAAGGCAAUUAUUGAUGUAAAAAUUGCAUUUUUUGUUAAUUAAUAAAAAUGGAGUAUUAUCUA